CUCCGUCUUUCAGAGAAGCACAAAAACAGAGAAGAAGCUGUGUCCGGAAUGAUUGAGAGAUUUGAACCCCGUCGAUAUCUGAACCGGUUCUUCACGCUCUCCGCGUCUCGGCUCGAAACUCCUUCCUCAACCCGUCACCGGUCGCCGUCGCCGAGUUCCCGACUCGACUGAGCCACCACGGAUAUCAUACCCAUAGAAUUGACUGGUUUCAGCUUUUUUUUUUUGCAUAUUUAUCGAUCUGUGCAUCUUCGAGCUGUGGAUCUGAGAAUUUUUUUGGAGGGGGGAGGAUAGGAGUUGCGUAGAACGAUGCCGUCUCACGCGGAUCUGGACCGUCAGAUCGAGCAUCUGAUGGAGUGCAAGCCUCUGCCGGAGGCAGAAGUGAAGACUCUGUGCGAUCAGGCGAGGGCGAUACUGGUGGAGGAAUGGAACGUGCAGCCGGUGAAAUGCCCCGUGACGGUGUGUGGCGAUAUACACGGCCAGUUCUACGAUCUCAUCGAGCUGUUCCGGAUAGGAGGGAAUGCGCCGGAUACCAAUUACCUAUUUAUGGGUGAUUAUGUUGAUCGUGGUUACUAUUCGGUGGAGACUGUCACACUUUUGGUGGCCUUGAAAGUUCGUUAUAGAGAUAGAAUUACAAUUCUCAGAGGAAAUCAUGAGAGCCGUCAAAUUACUCAAGUGUAUGGCUUUUAUGAUGAAUGUUUGAGAAAAUAUGGAAAUGCCAAUGUCUGGAAGUAUUUUACCGACUUAUUUGAUUAUUUACCUCUGACUGCCCUUAUUGAGAGUCAGAUUUUCUGUUUACAUGGAGGUCUUUCACCUUCUCUAGACACACUGGAUAAUAUCCGGGCCUUGGAUCGCAUACAAGAGGUUCCUCAUGAAGGACCAAUGUGCGAUCUCUUGUGGUCUGAUCCAGAUGACCGUUGUGGAUGGGGAAUAUCUCCUCGCGGUGCUGGAUAUACAUUUGGACAGGAUAUAGCUGCUCACUUCAAUCAUACCAAUGGUCUAUCCUUGAUAUCUAGAGCUCACCAGCUUGUCAUGGAAGGUUACAAUUGGUGCCAGGAGAAGAAUGUUGUGACUGUAUUUAGUGCACCAAAUUACUGUUACCGAUGUGGAAAUAUGGCUGCAAUACUGGAAAUCGGAGAGAAUAUGGAUCAGAAUUUUCUGCAGUUUGACCCAGCACCCCGGCAAAUUGAGCCUGACACUACACGGAAGACUCCGGAUUAUUUUUUGUAAUUCCAUACAUCUUCCAGCCGUUUGUAGUUAUUGUUUUCUGCUGUUGCUGUAGAUGUGUUGUUAAGAGGAGUUUCCCUGUUUCAUCAGCAUAUUCUUUCUCUGGGAUUUUGCCUGCUACUGCUGCUGCCUUGUUUGCAGAAGAAACCCUCAUAGGAGAGCUGACGGCCAUCAAUUAGUGUUGUAUAUUUUCGAGGAGGAAGCAGCAAUAACAUGAUAUAUCUUGUGUAAUUUUUUUCGUAUCUCAAGUUAGAGAAGAGAUUUUUGAGAGAUCUGACAAUCAUGUUGAUUUGGGACAUCCCAUUGUGCCAAUGCCAAAUGAAAGCGCAGGUUUUUAUUUCACAU